AGAAGCAUUGGGGGAGAGCUGGGUGCAGAGCUGCGGGCUGAGGCUCUGCUGAGAGGCCUCGCCCCCAACCCUGCUACCAGCUGGGCCCCAUCUCUGGACCACCCCCCUGCUGAGAAGGACAGGGAGCCAAGGUGGCAAAAGCCCACAGCUCAGCCAUGAGAACACAAAUCGAAGUGAUUCCUUGCAAAAUCUGUGGGGACAAGUCAUCUGGGAUCCAUUACGGCGUUAUUACCUGUGAGGGGUGCAAGGGCUUCUUCCGCCGGAGCCAGAGCUGUAACGUGGCCUACUCCUGCACCCGCCAGCAGAACUGCCCCAUCGACCGCACCAGCCGGAACCGCUGCCAGCACUGCCGCCUGCAGAAAUGCCUGGCACUGGGCAUGUCCCGAGACGCUGUCAAGUUUGGCCGCAUGUCCAAGAAGCAAAGGGACAGCCUCCACGCGGAGGUGCAGAAGCAACUGCAGCAGCAGCAGCAGCAGCAGCAGCGGGAGCAGGUGGCCAGAACCCCUCCUGCAGGGGGCCGAGGGGCAGACCCCCUCUCCUGCACCUUGGGGCUCCCAGAUGGGCAGCUGCCGCUGGGCUCCUCACCUGACCUGCCCGAGGCCUCUGCCUGCCCCCCUGGCCUCCUGAGAGCCCCAGGCUCCAGGCCUUCCUACUCCAACAGCUUGGCCAAAGCGGGGCUCAACGGGGCCUCAUACCACCUCGAAUACAGCCCUGAGCGGGGCAAGGCUGAGGGCAGAGAGAGCUUCUACAGCCCGGGCAGCCAGCUGACCCCUGACAGAUACGGACUUCAUUUUGAGGAUCCCAGGCAUCCUGGGCUAGGCCCGGACAGCUACCGCAGCACCCCGGAGGUGCCCUAUGCCUCCCUGACGGACAUUGAACACUUGGUGCAGAAUGUGUGCAAGUCCUACCGAGAGACGUGUCAGCUGCGACUGGAGGACCUGCUGCGGCAACGCUCCAACCUCUUCUCCCGGGAGGAGGUGGCUGGCUACCAGAGGAAGUCGAUGUGGGAGAUGUGGGAGCGCUGCGCCCACCGCCUCACCGAGGCCAUUCAGUACGUGGUGGAGUUCGCCAAGAGGCUCUCGGGCUUUAUGGACCUCUGCCAGAAUGACCAGAUUGUGCUGCUCAAAGCAGGAGCAAUGGAGGUGGUGCUGGUGAGGAUGUGCCGGGCCUACAAUGCCAACAACCACACAGUGUUUUUCGAGGGCAAAUACGGUGGCGUGGAGCUGUUCCGAGCCUUGGGCUGCAGCGAGCUCAUCAGCUCCAUCUUUGACUUUUCCCGCUCCCUGAGUGCCUUGCACUUUUCCGAGGACGAGAUUGCCCUGUACACAGCCCUUGUCCUCAUCAAUGCCAGCCGGCCGGGGCUCCAAGAGAAAAGGAAAGUAGAGCAGCUUCAGUCCAAUCUGGAGCUGGCCUUUCACCAUCAUCUCUGCAAGACUCAUCGCCAAGGCAUCUUGGCAGAGCUGCCACCCAAGGGGAAACUUCGGAGCCUGUGCAGCCAGCAUGUGGAAAAGCUGCAAACCUUCCAGCAUCUCCACCCCAUCGUGGUCCAGGCUGCUUUCCCCCCACUCUACAAGGAACUCUUCAGCACUGAAAUCGAGUCACCCGAGGGGCUGUCCGAGUGACCUGGAAGAGGGACUCCUUUCCUGUCCCUAGAGCCUACUGGACCACCUCCCUGGACCCCUCCCCCUCUCAGCCUUUUCCUUUUCCAUGCCCCCUGGAGGGCAGCCCUACCUGAUCUUUGGGAUUGAGCAAAUGCUGAGACUGGUUUUCUGCCCACGGGCUUGCCGGCAGCGGGCCAAGAUCCAGAGGGUUGGGACAGAGGAACACCGUCUCCAGACUCAGCUUUGUUCUGUCCUCUCUCCCAUGCCCUUCACCCCAGCUUCUGGAGCAGGGGGGUGGGGAGUAGAAGGACCUCCAGGAGGACCAACCUGUCCUCAGGACAACAGGGGGGAUCCAGGACACCCUGGAUGAAUGGAACUCAUCUCUGGGCUCAGAAGCUAAGAAUAGGUCGUUGAAAUACCUCAUUGCAUUUUCCUGUGAGCUUCAGCAGAGGGGAAGCGUCAAGCUCAGAGACUGGCGGCUGGAGCCCAGAAGGACCUGUGUAGAACUUGAAUCUGGACCUUCAAGCUCAGCAAG